GAAAAAAAGUCUGUGUGUGUGUGUGUGCGAUGGACGCCUGCGAGGUGGAGUUCCUGGCGGAGAAGGAGAUGGUGACCGUCAUCCCCAACUUCAGCCUGGACAAGGUCUACCUUAUCGGGGGUGAUUUGGGUCCAUUCAAUCCCGGUCUGCCUGUCCAGGUGCCGCUCUGGAUGGCCAUCAAUCUGAAGCAGAGGCAGAAAUGUCGCAUCGUCCCCCCGGAGUGGAUGGAUGUGGAAAAGCUGGAGCAGAUCCGGGACAAUGAACGUCGAGAGGAGACCUUCACCCCCAUGCCAAACCUGCAUUACAUGGAGCUCACUAAAUUACUGCUGAACCACGCCUCAGACAACAUCCCAAAAGCUGAUGAGAUCAGGACGCUUGUUAAGGACACGUGGGACACGCGAAUCGCCAAACUCCGACUGUCUGCAGACAGCUUUGUGCGGGAACAAGAAGCUCACGCUAAGCUGGACAAUUUGACGCUGAUGGAGAUUAACACAAUCUCAAAAUUUUUCACCGAAUCCCUAAACCACAUGUACAAACUACGGACCAGCCUGCAGACCCCGGAGGAUGGACAGACCCAGGAAUACUGACUCGCCCACCGUGUCAACCCAAUUAAAUUGGUGAGGCAUCUUUAAUUAGCUGCGUGCUGGUGAGGAGCAAGUUCAUCUGUGCCAACAGACUGCAAGCACAAAAAGUCCUCCGUCUUCUUUCGCCGCCGUCGUGCCGAACGAUUCUGUAUUUUUAUUGCUGUCGCAGCUCCAGGUGAGAACGAUCACAGUAAAUUAUUAGCUCCGCAGGCCAGUUGAGGAGGAGUUCCUUGUAAAUAGAUCUGGAUACAGGCACACCAUGGCAAUGCUGCGUUUAUUAAGCCUAUAAGGCAUCAGCGAAGUCAGCGGAACUCAAUUACUUUGGCGCCCGCGACAUGCGUUCAUUCCGAGAGGAGCCUCAGGACCCAGAUUUAUAUCUUUACCCAGAGCUGUCCUGUGUACCGGAGCCUGAGCGAUGUCGGCAAGUGAUGUCCCCAGUGCUGAGAUUCAAAGGAAAAUGAAGCUCCCUUGUCUGUUUUUUCACAAAAGUUUAAUAAAACUACUAUUUACAGUU